CGUUGAUAGAAACCAUUAACUUUAAGUUUUGUAGUAUUUUUUUUUGUCAAAAUUUUUAAUUGCCAUUAAAUAUUACGUUAACUUUAUAGUUUUUUUUAUAGUUACGUUUUAAUUUCAAUGACCUAUAUAUAGGUUAGAUAAUUUCAUGUUUCAAAUGACAAAUACAAAUCAUUGUUUCUUACAUUUGUUUUUCAUAAAAUAAGAAUAAUUCUUGUAUAUUUUAAGCGUAAGUAGAUAUGUCUAAAUUUAGCUCUCAGAUUACUACGCUAUUCAUCGUUGUAGCUUUGGUGUGUGCGUUUGUUCCGGUUUUCUCAGUCGAAGAAGCUGAAGCAAAAUCAUUAUGGAAUACUUGUGUUGUUAAAAUCACUCCUAAGUGUGCGUUGGAUAUAAUUGCUGUUGUCUUUGAAAAUGGAACCAUCUCUGAUCCUUGUUGCAACGAUCUCGUUAAAGAAGGGAAAAUGUGUCACGAUACACUUAUUAAAUAUAUUGCAGAUAAACCCAUGUUAAUUGCCCACGAAACAGAAUACUUGAAGAAGAGUGAUGACUUGUGGAAUCAUUGUGUCUCAAUCUCCAAAAGUACUUGAACUUUGUAUUGUUUGUACUAUAUUUACUGAAUAAAUUGAGAUUUCUCUGUUGUUAGAUUUCUCUUACCACAAACAUUUAUAUUUUCACUUUACUACAAUAUUCACUAAAGGGAAUUCUCUCUGAAAAAGAAGA